UGGGCUUCUCUCUCCUCAGAAGUUCUCUCUCUCUCUCUCAGCGACUCUGUCUCUCUCCCUUUAAAGCCUCCACUAUUCUAUUCAUUCCGUUCAUGUAUCGUUAAGAGGCGGAUUUUGUGGAGGAAACAAAAAGCAAUCUCUUUGUUUGCUCGUAUAAGAUUUGGGUUUCUUCGAAUGUUAUCAAAAAACAGGUAAAAAAAAAAAACAAAAUAGAGAAAAACCUUGGGUUUCUUUGAGUUUUUAGGGAGAUCAUUGGAGAAAAGCAAUCUGGGCUUGUUCGGAUUCUCGAGGUUUCUUUUUUGAAAUGGUUUUUCUGCGUGAGAUUUUCGUUGCUGACGAAGAUAAGGUUGAAGGAGAGUGGGAGAAAGAAAGGUAAUACAUACAGGGCCAGAGUGGCAGAAGUAGAGAGAGAGAACGAGAAGUGUUGGGAUUUGAUUCUCUGUCUGCUUUUGCUGGGCCAUUGGCAAUGUCUGCAACAAUAAUCAGUGAUACCGUGUUAAUAUCAGCCCCGGAAGCACAACCAACGGCAGCUUCUAAUUUCAUUUCCCAAAAUGAAGUAGAAUUCGCCGCAUGCGACUGCUGUGGUCUAACCGAGGAGUGUACGCCGGCAUACAUAGCUCGCAUCCGGGAGCGUUACCAGGGCAAAUGGAUAUGCGGCCUCUGCUCCGAGGCCAUUAAAGACGAGAUCAUAAGGUGUGAAAGGCUAAUUAGCACUGAAGAAGCAAUGACUAAGCACUUCAACUUCUGUAAAACAUUCAAGUCCUCAGGAUCAGACCCUCCUCCGAAUCCUACAUUGCAUUUGAUAGCGGCCAUGAGACAAAUUCUUAGGCGCAGUCUGGACUCUCCGAGGGGAUUGAGGUCUGAACCAGCUAGUCCGGUGAACAGUGACCGGGAAAUUCAUGCUGCUCCUGGGUUUCCUAGGUCUGGCAGUUGUAUUUCUAGUCUGUCUGGUCUAUGAAGGUAUCGAGUUGGGGUUGGAAUGGGAGGGAACAACAUAGAGAUGAACAUGGUGGAGUAUAACUUUCUUUUGCUACAAAAUAAACAUCCUAAAAAGGAAUAAAAGGUUAAAAUGAUUAUUGUAGUUAUCUGGUUACCACCUCAAAAUUUUCAAUCCAAUGUAUAUAUUCUUCUA